AUGACAACUCAAAAAAGCAUUGGUUCAUUCUUUAAGAAGAAAGAAGGCAAUAGUAGCAAUCAACCUCAAACUAUUGCUACACCAUCUAUCCCACCACAAGAUGAACGACCUUCAAAAUGUAGAAGAAUUCAACCAGAAGAAAUGAAUGUUGUUGAUAUAGAGCGUGAUCCUGGAUUGCGUCCAAUGAUGUGGGAGUUCCCUUUUAAUCAAAGAGAUGAAAUACGUCGUGCUUAUCUUAAGGUUGGUCCAUAUCAACCAAGGAAUAUAGAAUUUCCUUUUUCAGGAGAAGCUCGAGAUGAAUCAAAGAGGGAGCAAAUGGCUAUCAUUUUGAGAUUUGUUGAUAAAGAUGGUUUUGUUCGAGAACGCUUUUUCCAUGUUGUGCAUGUCAAAGAUACCAUGUCAUCAACUCUUAAAAAUGAGGUAUGUGCAGUUCUUUCCCAUUAUGAUCUUCAUGUUGAAAAUAUUAGGGGGCAAGGUUAUGAUUGUGCUAGUAAUAUGCGUGGUGAGUGGAAUGGGUUACAAUCUCUAUUUCUCAAAGAAUGUCCUUAUGCAUAUUAUGUUCAUUGCAUGGCUCAUAGAUUGCAAUUGGCAUUGGUUACGGCAUCUAGAGAAGUUAAGCAAGUUCAUCAAUUCUUUGAGAGUUUGACAUCUAUUAUAAAUGUUGUUGGUAGUUCUUCUAAGAGGCAUGAUGAGCUUCAAGAUGCACAAGCAUUGCACAUUCAAAAUCAGAUUUCUAAUAAUGAAAUUGAGACUAAAAAAAGGAGGAAAUCAAAUUGGUACAUUGCAAAGAGCUGGAGAUACUCAAUGGAGUUCUCAUUAUCACAAAUUAUGGAAAUAACAAAUCUUUUAUGCAAAGCUUUACAACAACAAUCUCAAGAUAUUGUAAAUGCUAUGCAUCUUGUUUCAACUACAAAAUCACUACUUCAAAAGUUAAGAGAGGAUGGUCCUAAAGAGGCAUUCAAGUCUUUCAAGGUUGAUGAUAUAUGCAAGUUGGUUGAGAAAUAUUAUCCAAAAGAUUUUACUGAUCAAGAGAAUAUUCACUUGAGGAUUCAACUACAACAUUAUGAGCUUGAUGUUUUAAAGCAUUUUGAUUUUCAAGAAAUUUCAACACUUUGUGAGUUAUGCAGGGUUUUAUCAUCUUUUGGGAAAUCAACAAUUUAUCACUUGGUUGAUAGAGUAAUUCGUCUUGUCUUGACUCUCCCAAUUUCAACUGCAACAACAGAGCGUGCUUUUUCAACAAUGAAGCUUGUGAAAACUAGGCUUCACAAUAAAAUGGAAGAUGAUUUUCUUGCAGAUACUAUGACUAUUUAUAUUGAAAAGGAUAUUACAAAGACAUUCACCAUUGAAGAAAUUAUGGAAGAGUUCUACCAAAUCAAGAAUCGUAGAAGAAUAUGA